AUGUCAGGUGGGAGAGUGGAGUAUUCAGGGUUCCUGCUCCGUGUCCUGCGGCGAAGGCACUCAAAGGAUGAUCCGCGUCAUCAGUCCCACUGGCACGGGAGAUUCGUCUCUUUGCGGAAAGUCAACCCCGGUGCAGAAACUAGUGACAUGCAAUCCAGGCCCGUGCAAAGUGGCCUGCGAAGGAAGUUGGGCAGAGUGGAGCACAUGGCCGAGACUUGCUUGCAGACUCGCCAUUUUGAGAUUACUAGACCUGGCGACGCACUCGGAAAGCCGUGCCUGGAGAAGCAUGGCGCGGUGCAAAGCAGGGGUUGCAAUCAUGGCAGCUGUUCCAUGGACUGCAUAGUUUCUGAUUGGUUGGCAACGGGCAAAUGUUCGAAACCGUGCGACGGCGGAAUCCAGCAUUACAGCCGCAGCAUAGAGGUCGCAGCACGUGGCCGUGGACAGACGUGCCCAGAGCUGUCGAAGGUGGAGGAUUGCAACACACAUGUUUGUCGAUACCACGAAGUUUUGAGGAAGGUGCGAAGCUCCCUUGCCAAUUUCUCUUCUGACGAGCCAGUGGUAAAGAUUGUAGAGGAGGAGGCAGAAGGCUUCCGUUCCCUUGUGAAAACAUCGCACGACCUGCUUGACGCAUCAGGGAAGGAAUGGGCAAGCUUCGUUGCGAACAUGAGAAGCUUGUCCCGGGAGUACCAUGGUGGCCGAAAAAACUUGUACAGGGCAUUGUCCCAACUCAAGGUCCUCGCAGAUGGUGCGCCCCACAAGCUGGAGUCGCUUGUGGAUGACUUAAGGAACGGGAGAUUGGACAAUGCCCUCCUGAACUUCCACAAGCUGUGCGGCAAGUUCAAUCAUGUUCAAAGACAGGUGCAAGAAGUCGACAAAGCUUUCACUUCCAUGGAGGUGAAGGUAGUUGAGUAUCGCGAAACGGCCAUGGAUCAGGCGGAAGGCUAUCGGGAAACGCAGAAAAACUACCGUGAGCUAGGCCUCACCGGCCCUGUUGAAAGCACUGCUUUCCAGCAUUUCGCUUUGAAACCAGGUGCUGAUCACCGUGGGAGUGACAUCACAUGCGGUCGCUUCUCUUCGCCGCAAGCGCUUGCCAGUGAAUGCUUGAGAGACCCGACGUGCUCAGCAUUCACGAUAAGGAAUGGAAGCCCGUGGUGCAUGAAGCAUCUCCACUAUGACAGUGGUGAAAUCCAGGACCCCACGCACGAGCUCUACCUCAAGUUUCAGCAACAAGGCGGCGAAGUCCAAACCCCCCAGAAAGUCGAGCACUAUCUCUCGCGCUGGACCUUUGCAUCGUCUUUUCUCAAGAAGGUCGAGAAGGUGGUCAACACAGUUGUGAAGAAAGUUGGGCACAUAGAGACACAGCUGCAUGAGAUGAGUUUGACUUUAGAGGAGCUGGAGGGCAUGCUGAGCGCCGAUCCAGGAGCAUCAUCUCAUGUGGAUGACUUGGUUCAUGACAUCACUGUUGAAUUCGGCAGCAUUGCGGAUUACCUGAACCGCAUGCUGUAA